AGAGAGGCAGCUGGUCCCGAGUUCAGGACUAGGGGUCCCCUUAGCUCCUCAGAUCCUGCAGAAUCCCACCUCUGCCCCAGUGGGAGCCAAGGCCUGGUCGCCAGAGGGGCUGUCCACCGGCAGGAGGCUGUGUGCAGGAUCCACGCCUCCCAGGCUGGCGAGCGGGAAGCGCCCCGGGGUUGCGCUCGCGCGGGGCCGGCCCCUGCCCUGCCCCUAGCCCGCAGCGGCGCGAGUGGAACCGCAUCCCGCUCUUUCGUUUUCGUUUCCCGGAAGGAUAGCGAUUACCGGAGCGCCUGGCGCCCCUGCCCGCCUGCGGGGGACCCGGGCGCACACGCCUUGGCGCUUCUCGAAAGACAUUUCCUCCCACGCGACCUUCCAGUUCUCGGAGCCAGGUUAGGGGUUUGGGGGAGGAGGACUAGGAGCGCGGGCCUAGGGCCCCAGCAGCCACAGCCGGGGAAGCGCUCACGACAGAAAGCCAGUGGCUUCCUCACCUCCACCUGUAAUGCAGGAGGGAGAAUUGGCUGGUUCUCCUAUAAGCCCUGUGGCAGCCAUGCCUCCCCUAGGCACCCACGUGCAAGCCAGAAGUGAAGCUCAAAUUAACCUGCUGGGUGAAAGGGGGAUCUGCAAGCUGCCGGGAAGACUCCGCAUCCAGCCCGCACUGUGGAGCAGGGAGGACGUGCUGCACUGGCUGCGCUGGGCAGAGCAGGAGUACUCUCUGCCAUGCACCGCGGAGCACGGGUUCGAGAUGAAUGGACGCGCCCUCUGUAUCCUCACCAAGGACGACUUCCGGCACCGCGCACCCAACUCAGGUGACGUCCUGUAUGAGCUGCUCCAGUACAUCAAGACUCAGCGGCGAGCCCUUGUGUGUGGGCCUUUUUUUGGAGGGGCCUUCAGGCUGAAGAUGCCCACCCAGCACUCUCCAGUCUCCCUGGAAGAGGUGACUGGCCCUUCUCAGAUGGACACCCGAAGUGGUCACCUGCUGCAGCCACCAGACCCAGGGCUUACCAGCUCCUUUGGCCAUCUGGAUGACCCUGGCCUGGCCAGGUGGACCCCUGGCAAGGAGGAGUCCCUCAACUUAUGUCACUGUGCAGAGCUCACCUGCAGGACCCAGGAGGUCUGUGCCUUCCCUGCGAUGCCACAGGCCCCCAUUGACGGCAGGAUUGCUGACUGCCGGCUGCUGUGGGAAUACGUGUAUCAGCUGCUCCUUGACCCCCGGUAUGAGCCCUACAUCAGGUGGGAAGACAAGGACGCCAAGAUCUUCCGGGUUGUGGAUCCAAAUGGGCUCGCCAGACUCUGGGGAAAUCACAAGGGCCACAAAGGGAACACUUUUGAGAGUGACAGGAUGGAAGAUCUUCAGGCUCUGCCAUCUGCCUGGCAUUCACCCCUUCAGCGGGACAGUCAGGACGAUCAAAGACCACUCUCACUGGAUUUAUGCCCCCUCCAAAUCCCGGAUGAUCUCAUCUUGAAAUCCUUAAUUAUGUCUGUGAAGACCCUUUUUUUCCCAAUCAGGUCACAUUCACAGGUUCUGAGCAUUAGGAUUUGGACAUAUCCUGUUGGGGCCGUUCUUCCGGCCAUGACCGAGAGGGACCCGACACAGCUGAGCCCAGUUGCUGCUCUCCUUCCCUCAAGCUACGGUGAUUAAUUAGUCAUGGCUGUGGCGUGAUGGCGGCCAACCUCUCCUUGCCUAACCUUUCAUGUAACCUCGUAUCUGUAAAAGAGGUCCCAGCUCCAGAGGCCUCAAUUACAUCCUUUUGAUGCAGGGCAGGUGAACCUAAUAUUGGGGCUUAGCCCAGGAAGGUUCUUGGCUCUGCCCCAAAAAUAAUCCAAAGUCAAGCUGGUGGUGUUAAAACAGCAAAUUUUAUUGAAGCUACAGUGUACAUCACCAGCAGAGGUCCUGCUCCCUGCAGAGCAGGGCUACCCCAUUGGCAGCGUUCCCAGAGCAGCAGCUGAGAGGCAGGACUGCAUUUAUAUUUAUACCCACUUGCAUUAUAUGCAAAUUAAGGGGCAGAUUAUGUAGAAAUUUCUAGAAAAAGAGUGGUAACUUCCAGGUCACCAGGUAGUUGUCAUGGAAAGGGGCAAUAACUUCCGGGUGUUGCCAUGGCAAUGGUAAACUGACAUGGCACACUGAUGGGCGUGUCUUAUGGAAAGCGGCUUCGCUCUGUCCUGGUUUUACCUAGUCCACAAUUUGGCCUGGCGUCCAAGCCCCGCCUUGGCAGUUGAAUCCUGACUCCUAGGACUCAACUUACUGUCAGUCAGUUCACACCUGGCUGGAGGGUGGAUAUAAUGGGGCCCAUUUGCAGAAGAAACUGUGAUGCUCAAUGGAAAGAGAAGUAGAUGGGCAUUUGGGGCAGACAGUUAACUCCUUCUGGAAUCCUCUCUCCUCCUCUGUGCUCAUAGUCAUUCCCAGGCCUGUGCUGGUGGGGAAAUCCCUCCACAUUCCCCAAGUGUCAGGGCUUGAACUGGAUUUGCUCAGUCUCCAGAGAGCUGGAGCCACAGCUUCACUGUGAGAGAGGAGGCCUGGCCGUGCAGCUGGAGUUUCUCUGUGAUACUGAGAGGGCCCAAUGUGUGAAACCCAGAGUGGAUGGAAAGGAAUCUUUCCGUGAGGAAGAGUGACCUGGAAACUAUCACUGUGGCAUGUACUCCUGGAAUCAAACAGCCUUUGACAAAAAGGGCCUGUUUCUAUAAUUUACCUGGUUGGGGACAGAGCCAGAGAAACACUGGUAACUAAUUUUCUUUUUUUCUUUCAGACCAAAUCUCGCUCUGUCACCCAGGCUGGAGUGCAAUGGCA